AUCAAAAUAAAAUUAUCGAUGCCACCUUAACAAAAUGGCAGCCUCCUUGGUCUGCAGGAAUUUGGGGACAAAGUGUCAUUCCAUUCUUAGGCUGACUUUAUCUGAACCAAGAAAGCUUAGAGUUUUUGCCUUUAACCCUGAAAGAUUGCAGCCAGUGUCUUCAUCGCAAACUUCUGGCCAGUUAUAUAAAAAAAGCUUUUCAACAUCUUCAAAUACAUUUGAUCCUCUUACAACUAAGACAAGGUCACUAUCAACAGGAAAUGAAAGUGAAAACACAGACCCCCCACAAAGUCAAGAUACAUAUAAAGAGCUGUAUAUACCCAUUACAAUGCAGACUAUUAUUCGGCACCUAAUUCAAGAUAAAGGAUUGUUAACUGAUAUUGAACAUAAAAUUCUCCCUGAAUUUGUUUCUGCCCUUGAUAGUGUACUAGUCAAUAAAUAUUACGGAGUUUUGCAAGAAUUAAAAGAAUUGUUUGACCCUAUCAAUCCUGAUAAAGAUACUAUAUCAAUUAGAGAAAUGACCAGAGGUGAAAAAUUAGAUAAAGAAUUUUGGCUUAUACAAAAGUUGGAGGAUGUCAUGAAAAAAGCAAAUUUUCAUGAAUUACCAAGAGAUAGAGUAGAGCAGCUUCUUAAACCUCACCCUUCAGAACAAGGUGUUCAUGUGACUGUUGACCCAAGCCGCUACGAUGUUCUUAAAUUUUGGGUACUUGGACAGGAAAAACCAGAAUUGGAGCUGUCUGCACUAGAUAGAACUGUAGAUAAAAUCUUUAAACUUAAACCUAAGCAACCUGUGGAGUACUAUAAACGAGUUGUGGUAGCUGUAAGGUUGAAGAAAGAUUUAAAACUCAUGUUGAAGGCAUUUAAAGAGAUUCCAAUAGAAAGCAUUGAAACAUUACUGCCUGAUGGAAAAAUAGAAAUGAGCCCAUUCGACAAAGCUGCCUUGGCUUUUUUUUCAUCCCUUGCUGGUCUUGGUGUCUUGACUAAAACUGUUACAGUUUUGGCAGGAUUAAAUAUUGACUGGACCUUGUCAUUCACCUUUAUUGGCAGCUAUGGACUUAAAAUUUGGUCUUCACAUAAUGAAAAGAAAAAUGAAUAUCUAAGGCAACUUUCUAGAACUCUUUACUCAAAGAACAUUGCUAACAACAAAGGACUUCUGACACUUAUGGUAGAUAGAGCAGCAGAUGAAACUCUAAAAGAAGCCUUACUGACCUAUGUAUUCUUACUUACAUCUCAACCCAUGAGUGAAAGAGAAGACCAAUCUUCAUGGUCCAAUAGUGAUGGUUUUACAAAACAAGAACUUGAAGACCUUGUGAGUGCUUGGAUCAAGCAGAAGACUGGUGUGGAUCUACAUUUUGACUCUAGUGAGUCUCUUCAAAUCUUCAAAACUCUUGGACUUGUCUCAGAGAAGAAUGACAAACUGCAAGUGCUUUCGCUGGAUGCAGCCUGCAGGAUUUUGCCAAAGGUUCCGCUCUCUGUGAUAACUAGACGUGCUGCUGAGGCCGAUAUAACAGAAGGCUAUGACAGGGAUGAGUACUUGGAGACAGAGGCAGAGUACAAAGCAGAAGAUAAAAAAUCUCGUAGAAAUGGCUGGUUUUGAUGAGCAUUUGUAGUGUAGUCAUCCUAUCUUGUACUUUAGACAAGACAUAUAGAGAUGGGUUCCCAGCAUUGUAACCAUAGAAUACUUUUAAUUUAAACAUAUUUAAAGUUCUCUGGUUGAAAGACAAUUUCUAAAGGAAUCUGUACUUGUAAGUAUGGAUGUUACUCUUCUUCUUAGCUUUUGUAUACACAACUCUACAUGUGAUAAUUAAAUUUCUUAGAGCUUCAUAUACAAAAGUUUCGGGUGAAUAGAAUUUCAAUUUAAAAUGUGUGAUCAGGUUUUAUGAAAACAUUAUGUCUUCAACAGUGUAUUAGCGUUGUUCCUGUUAGACUGCUGACUAUGUUUAUGUGAGGGACUUUGAUGUAUAUUAGUUAUUGUUAAACUUUUAAUUGUCUGUUAAGGAUUUUCAAUGUAAUCUUAUUCAUAUGCAAUAGUUAUGGUUGGUGUGCGUGGAAAAUGUUACUAUUAUUAAUAUUUAAUUACUAACAAUUACAUAUAGAAAAAUUUCUUUAUAAUGGGACUUAUUAAGCCUCUUUAGUUACAAUUUUAAAAAAAAAAUAGUGUUACUUAUUAAUUAAUCCCAUAAACAGCAGAAUUAAUUCAUCUGAUUAAGUGCCUAAAUUUAUCAAGAAAACAGGUCAAACUUUCUACUCAGCUUUAACUAAACUGUAUGAUAUAGCUAUGUUUCUUUUGUCAAUAUGUUUCAUUAUUAUUUGCAGCAAUGCCACCAUAAAGCAUUUAGUAAAGAUGGUUGGUAAAAUUAAGCAAAACAUGUUGAGUACAUGAGAUGAUGUUGAAGAAUGAAUAAACACGUAUUAAACAUU